GACACUGGGAUUGGCGAAUGAGUUUUGAUAAGGUGCUUUCUACUUCUGAAAACUGAAAAUCACAGGUCUACAAAUGAAGAGAUGGGUUGCUUUCCUACCAAAGAAUGCCACCAGUGGUCCGCAGAUGAAGAUCUAGAUCUCGAUAUCACUCCAUUACUGAACGAAAGUUCGAGACCAAAAGGCUAUAUACAGGAUGAUCAUGCCACGUCAACAGAUCGUGGCCGGGAAAUUGACGUCGACACCGAUCCGAAACUGGAGACCCUUUUACUAAAACUUGAGCAUGCUCAAGGUUUGAGACAGAAAAUUCGCCGAUGUACAUCCAGAACAGAACUUGAAAACUACCGAUUAAAAGUCAUCAGCGUUUUAGAUGCAGCUACAAUUGAAAUGAGUCGUAUGACAAUAGAUCCUAAACAACACGACGCGGAAAGAGUUGUCAAGGAAAUUAUGCGACUGAGAAAUGUUCUUGGAGACAAAUUCUUCGAAGCUGCAAGAAUAAACGCAUUUGGAAGAGAGAUCACUCAAAUGGGACCUUUCCUUCUGACAGGAGGGCAAUAUUUUAAGCCGGUAAUGGUAAAUGAAGACGAUGACACAAUUGUUAAGCUUUUUUUCUUUGUCAUUUCGCACGCGGAAACGGCGCAAGUGCUAUUUCGCUAUUAUCUCGAGCAUGCAAGCUUUCUGGAUGAAUACUUCGCUUUGGGUCUUGUUAUUCCCGAAGGACAUACUCAAGUGGAAAUCUACGGCAGCUCGUGUCCACCGUAUUGGAAAAUUCGACAAGACGUAAUAAACAAUGCGACCAUUAGACUGCGGUCUCGUUUUGAGGACUCAAACCAGAGCGAAUUGGAAAGCUCUGUCGAUUAUGAUAACCUUUCCGACUCGUUAUUUUGAUUACCAUGGGGUAUCAAUAAGGUCUCUUCAAUUGUCCUUAAUAUUCAUCCACAAUUUUUUUUAAUGACCAAAGAAUAGAUCUUUUAGUUUUUACUUCCACUGACUUUCCGCAAAUAUAAAAGAGUUUAUGUGUUGCACCUGUCGACUGAAAUAAUUGUUUUGACUUACUCUGAUUUAUUGAAGAUAUUCGAUGCUAUUCAUAGACGAGUUCUAGGUGGAAAGCAAGUUAGAGUAUAAAUGAUGUAUAUAGAAAUUCGAUAUGGACCAUUUAUAUUAUCUUUCAAAUUUAUACAAAGCAUAUA